GAGGGAUUUUAGACUUUAAUUUGUUUUUUGAGAUGAUUACAAGCUUCAAACUUUCACUUGAGACGCGGUCAGAGUGCCACAAUCACUAAGAGAAAAUUAGACUUGAAGCCCUUUUUCUGGCUCCCCUGCUGCAAAGACGACACGCCAGAUGUCAGAUCGUCACGUGCCGCGGACUCCCAGACGCAACAUUGAAAUGUUCACUGAUUAAUCGCGUCACUGUGCAUGCAGGACAUGCAGAGACGGGCUGCACAAGCAGGCCCGUGUUAAUGAGUCCCCGGGUCGGCCGUCUACGCACCUGGUCUGACGUCUGCAGAAACGUCGGCCCGUGGACCUUUGCUCCUGCUCGUCCUGUUUAAAACCCAAAGGACAGGACGGCGUGCGGUUACUCUGCAGCGAGCCUCAGCAUCUACACUGUCGCCACUGCAGAUGCUCCCACGCUGCGGUUGAAAUUGUUUAGUCAGUCGUUGUCGAGAAGGGGGGGAAAUUAAAAAAAAAAAACCACCAACCACAUUGCAGCCAUGACCUCUUUUGACGACAUCUUGGAAGAAGCCGGGAAGUUCGGCCGCUGCCAGAAGCGCAUCUUCGCCCUGCUGUGCCUGGUGUCGUUGCCUUUUACAGGGGUGUACGUCGGCAUCGUCUUCCAGGGCUUCACCCCGGAUCACUGGUGCCGGGACCCCGCCGUGGCCCAGAGGAGGGAGGCGUGCGGCUGGAGCCCGGCGGCCAGCCGCAGGCUGACGGCGCCUCUGGUCAACAGCUCCGGGGUGCUGCAGCGGAGCAGCUGCGAGCAGUACGAGGCCGACUGGAACGCCACGGCGCUCACCUGUGAUACGCAGGAGCUGGACCUCAGCAGAACCCCCACCAGGGCCUGCAAAGAGGGCUGGGAGUACGACCAUGAGGGCAGGCAAUCCUUCGUCACGGAGUUUGACCUGGUCUGCUCCGAGGCCUGGUUGGUGGACAUGUACCAGGCCACUCUCAACGUGGGCUUCCUGAUUGGAAGCAUCACGAUUGGCUACCUGGCCGACAGGUUCGGCAGGAAAAGGAGUUUCCUGAUGUCCAACCUGCUGAACGGGGUCGCGGGGAUCCUGGUGGCCGUGGCUCCGAACUACGCGUCUCUGCUGGUUUUCCGAACGCUGCAAGGCUUCGGAGUGAAAGGGGGCUGGGUGGUCGGCUACGUGCUGAUCACAGAGAUCGUGGGGGUGGAGUACAGACGCACGGUGGGAGUCCUUUACCAGAUGUUCUUCAGCGUCGGUAUUCUUCUCCUCCCUCUGCUGGCCUACUUCAUCACAGACUGGCGCUGGCUGCAGGUGGUCAUCAGCGCCCCUUACGUCCUCUUCGUGUCCUACUAUUGGUUUGUCCCAGAAUCUCCAAGAUGGCUUCUCUCUCAGAACAAAAACGCUGACGCUAUUGAGAUCACCGAGGCCAUGGCCAAGGAGAACAAGAUGACCCUGUCCAAGAACAUCGAGAAUCUGACAGAUGACAACGCCGAGUACUGCGCCGCCUCCUUCAUGGAUCUGAUCAGAACUCCCAAAAUGAGAAAACACACUUUAAUUCUCAGCUUCAACUGGUUCACCAGUGCUGUGGUCUACCAGGGCUUGAUCAUGAGGCUGGGCAUUCUGGAAGGAAACGUCUACGUCGACUUCCUCAUCUCCGGCCUGGUGGAGUUCCCGGCCGCCCUCCUCAUCCUCUUCACCAUCGAACGCGUCGGCCGCCGCGUUCCCUUCGCCUCCGCCAACAUCGUGGCCGGCGCCGCCUGCUUUAUCACCGCCUUCAUCCCCGACAACCUGGUCUGGCUGAAGACGGUGGUGGCCUGCGUCGGCCGGCUGGGCAUCACCAUGGCCUUCGAGAUGGUGGUGUUCGUGAACACGGAGCUCUACCCGACGUUUGUCAGGAAUCUCGGCGUGUCGGUCUGCUCCACGCUUUGUGAUGUUGGAGGCAUCAUCGCUCCCUUCCUGCUCUACCGACUGGCGGUCAUCUGGCUGGAGCUGCCGCUCAUCAUCUUUGGGUCUCUGGCUUUCGUGGCCGGUGGUUUGGUGCUGCUGCUUCCUGAGACCAGAGGUGUGCCGCUGCCCGACACCAUCAAUGACAUCGAGUUCCCAGAGAAAUUGAAGGAGAACGCUGCACUGAAGAAACAGCAGUCGGUCAACUUGCUGCCUGCCGCCGACUUUUCGACCGACAAAGAACCAGCAACUGUUUAAUCUGCUUCUGUGACCAAAGUAUUUAUUUCCUAAUGAAAGUCGCCCCGUGGCAGAUGAAGCCACCUCUGGAGCGGUGGUCCUAACAGCAAGCGCACUCGUGUUUUCGUUUUUAACCUUCCAGAGUUGUUUUCAUGCUCAUUUGAUUAACAGAAGGAGGAAAAUAUCUCUGAUUCGGCUUAUCUGGUGCUGUUAACAGCUUUUGGGAUACGGAAAAUGUAAAUAAGGCCCCUUCAAGUGUUUAUACUGGGAAGUUUAUUUACCACCAAGAAAAAAAGCUGCUGUGUUACUGACGCCUCUUUGCCAAAGUCUGUCGAAGGGUAGAUGUUUUUUUGGGCCCGAUGACGUCAUGUGACCAACCAGGAAGUUGUAAUUUUUCUGACCUGUCCACUUUAUCAAAGUUGCUUCAAAGCCGGGCACCGCUCAUUUGUGAGAGUGUGUGUGUGUGUGUGUGUGUGUGUGUGUGUGUGUGUGUGUGUGUGUGUGUGCGCGCGCCUGUAUAGUGUGCUGGAGAUGAGGAUGUGUUACUUUGUGUUGUUUCAUAUGCCCACGAAUUGCAGAUGAAAUGCAGCUAUUCAUUUGAUUAAGUAGAAAACGAGAUGUAUUUAAUGUAUUUUUGUAAAUGGUCGCUGGUGUAAAUAAAUUUGAUUGCCUGAACUUGA